GGGGUGUUUUGGGGAGCCCAGGAUGGGCUUGGGGGCCCUGGGGUUUAUCGGGGGAGGGCCUCACCUGGCUCCUCCACCUUCACCUUCACGGCCAACACGGGGUGGGGGGACACCAGAAUGCCCCCACCCCUGGGGGAGGGGUGAAUGAGGGGCAUCCCAAAUUGCCCCCGGAGCCCACAGAACCUGCUCCCUCCGAACUGCCGCCUCCCAUUGGCUGCCGUGCCCGCCCAUCAACACUGCCAACCAAUCAGCACCCGAGAAUGCGUGGUUGGGGUGGUGCCUUUGGCUGAGUCACUUCACUUGGUGGACUACAACUCCUGUCAUGCGGCCCCGUUAGAGAGAGGGUUGUCCCUGAGUGCCCCCCAAACAGCCCCCAAAUUCCCUCCCCUAACGCCCAAGGGGCCCCAGGCAUCGCAGCGAUGAUGAUGAUGAUGGAGGGAAAGCCAUCCCAUCACAGCUCCAGGAACAGUUCAGCCUUUAAUUAAAACUUCAGUUAAAACUGCAAUUGCUGCUGUGGGGGAGGAGCGCAGGUCCAUAUUCCAUGGGGUCAGUCCCAAAGGAACUGCUCAGGUCCACAUUCCAUGGGGUCAGUCCCGAAGGAACUGUUCCAGGUCCACAUUCCAUAGGGUCAGUCCCGCAGGCACUGCUUCAGAUCUCUUUCCAUGGUCCCUUUCCUGCCGGGCACUGGCAGGCACUGGGAGCUCCUGGCCCAUGCUGGGAGCCCAAAAGGGACACACUGGGAGCAACUGGAUCAACUGGAAGAUACUGGAACCAUACUGGAUGUACUGGGACCACAACUGGAGCAACUAGGAUCAUACUGAGAGCAACUGGAACCAUGCUGGGUUCAUACUGGGAGUGUCUGGAACCACACUGGGGCAACUGCGUCUCCCUGACUCUCGGACCCCGCACCGAGCCCGUGGUGUGGUGGCCUCGCCAUGCCCCGCCCCAAGCCCACCCCCCGGCGGCGUCGCCCCCCUCCAGCCCCGCCAUCGCCCCCCCCGCGCCGGCGGGAUUCCGCCCGGGCCAGCGGGCACUGCAGGAGAUCCGCCGCUACCAGAGCAGCACCCGCCUGCUGCUGCGGCCUCUGCCCUUCUCACGGCUGGUGCGGGAGCUGUGCCUGCUUUUCACCCGGGGGUUGAUUAUCGCUGGCAGCGCCUGGCCCUGCUGGCCCUACAGGAGGCAGCAGAGGCCUUCAUCGUGAGACUGCUGGAGGAUGCGUACCUGUGCUCGCUGCCCGCAGGGUCACCCUGUUCCCCAAGGACCUGCAGCUGGUUCGGCGCCUGCGAGGGCCCGAGUGGGGGGGCAUCUGAAUGGGGACCCCCACCCUGCACUGGUACCCACCCCCAACACCCCCAGCCUGGGGGGGUGAGAGCCUCACACCCCUGAUCUUAUUGGGGCUCCUAUGGGACUAUUGUGCUGAGACACUGCCCCAGCCUGUGGGGGCCCCCCACACUGGGAUCCCCCUGAGUGUACCCCCAGAACCCACCCCCAGGGAUCUUGCAGCCCAGAGCCCCCUCUCCAAGGGUCGUCCCCAUGGGACAUGACACCCCAGUCCUGACACCCCAGUCUUGUUUGGUAUCCCCCGCACAGACCCCACCCUGGGACCCCUCUCCAGCCCCCCCACGGACCCUCACCCCGGAUCCCCACCAACCCUCCCAGGGUCCCAGCCCAGGUGGGGUCCCCUUCUUGAUUCUAGCACCCCUCAGAUUUGGAGACCCCUGUCCAUGACCCCCCACUUUGGGAAUCCCCCCAGGUCUGCUACACCCCAAUAAAUGUCUGUGACCCUCCAA